AUGGAUGUCAAACCUAUCCCGGCAUUUUAUUGCUGUUACCUUCUUCGCUCCACGAUCCGCCACUCAAGUCUUUAUGUCGGGUCAAGUCCGGAUCCUGCUCGUCGCCUUGCACAACACAAUGGCCGUGUUCAAGGUGGUGCUGUGCGGACAUCGCGAGCCUCUCUGCGCCCGUGGGAAAUGGCCUGUAUCGUGGCAGGCUUCCCAUCCAAUAUCGCUGCCCUCCAAUUUGAAUGGGCAUGGCAUAAUGCUCACUUGACCCGACAUAUCACACCCACAGAACGCAUCACGUUCGCAACCAACCGCACAACGACCUCAAAGUCUGGCAAAACAACGCGUCGGCCGGGUAGACCACGGACUUCCUUGAUGGAUAAACUUUCUAAUCUCCAUCUUUUACUUCGCAGCCCAUACUUUUCCAAAUGGCCCCUCGAACUCCGCUUUUUCAACGAGGAGGUUUAUCGAUCGUGGAUCACUUGGUGUGGGAGGGUUGAUACCGUCCUUCGACGUGAGAUUCAAGUUCACUUCGAUCCACCCCAAGGAAAACCUCUGACUGAAGAGUUUACUUCGGCACAGCCAUCUUCACGAAGAAGCAAGGCAGACUCGAUUGGGAAAGGUGGGGUCGAAGGUGUCGAUCCCACUUAUGCCCGUCUUUAUGAUGUUUUGCAAAAAAGUCAAUUUCUGCUUGACGAAGGCGAGAGUCACAAGUGCUCUGUUUGUGCUGAGCCCUUGGACUAUCAUGAUAGCUUGUUCGCCAUCUGCCCGUCAAAUCAAUGUUACGAUUUGUCUCACAUCACAUGCAUUGCAGACCAGUCACUGGGAGGCAAUGGUUCAAACGAGAUCGUCCCAGAAUAUGGAGUGUGUCCAUCCUGCAAGCAAAGCCACCCUUGGUCCGAGCUCAUGCAGCAGGUGACUGUGAGAACGCGAGGCGAAAGGGAGGCUCGUAAGCUCCUCUCCAAAAAGGCUAGGAACCGAGCUGCAACCGUGGCAGCAAUCUUGGAGGCUGAGAGCGAAGAAGACGACGAAAACGAGGCAAUGGACUAUGAUUCUCUGACUGCACAAGAUGUUGUUAAUGAGCAAGGCGAUCUGAGCGAUGAUGAUCAGGACAACGCAUCUGUUGCGUCGGCAGAUUCAACCUUCAGCCGAGAUUCCAAAAUGGACUUGGAGUGUUCGCAAAACAACAAGCCGUCGAAGCUCGAGAUAGUGAUAGAAGAUAGUGAGGAUGAAGAAUGA